CAGUGACGGCCUCCAGGGCGGGGCGGGGCCGGGCGAGGUUCGGCGGAGCUCGGUGCUGAGCGCGCGACCUCCGGCCUGAGGCCGCUGCUGAGCAUGCGCAACCCAGGCGGCGCCGGCCGGGGUCCGCGGCGACCGGAGGGAUCGAGAAAGAGGAAGUGGGUCGUUUCGGUUCUGUGACCGUAGUCACCGCUGUCAGGGAGCGCGGGUGAGCGGCAGUUCACUGCCCCCUUCCCAGAAGAGCCAGAAAUGACCAAGUCCCUGGGAUCUGUGUCGUUCAAGGAUGUCACUGUAGACUUCAGCAGAGAGGAGUGGCAGCAGUUGGACCUCGCUCAGAAAAGCCUGUACAGGGAUGUGACGCUGGAGAACUAUUUCAACCUGCUCUCAGUGGGGUGUCAAGUUCCCAAACCAGAAAUCGUUUUCCACUUGGAGCACGGAGAAGAGCCGUGUCUGUUGGAUGGUGAAAUCUCAAGUCAGAGCUGUCUAGGUGGGAAUAUUGGCUUCAAAACUUCAUUACAGGGAAUGUCUGAAGAAGUUUCAGUCCAGUUUGAGAGAAUUAAUCUCUUCACAAGAGAUGACCCAUAUUCCAUUUUAGAAGAAUUGUGGCAAGGUGAUGAACAGACAAGGAGAUAUGAGGGAAACCAGAACAAACAUUUAAGUCAUGUCACCUUCAUCAACAAGGAAACACUAACUAAUGGGAGGGACUGUGAGUGUAAGGACCUUGGGAAAAUAGUUCCUGUAAACACACACCUUGUUCCUUCAAGAAAAAGACUCUGUAGCCAUGACUCUUUUGGAAAGAGUUUGAAGCCUAUUGUAAGCUCAUGUAAUUAUAAUGAAAACAAUGCAACAGAAAAUCUUGAUGAGAUUGUGGGAUGUAGUAAUAUUUUCACUCAUAUGAAUUCUCAUACAGAAAUGAAUGCUUGUGAAUGUAAUCAAUGUAAGAAACUUCUGAGUCAUAAGCAAGUUCUCAUUCAACAUCAAAAAGUUCAUACUGGGGAGAACCUCUGUUUAUUUUCUGAUUGUAUAAAAAUUUUCACCCAGAAGUCACACUUCUUUGCACUUCAAAGUAUUUACACUGAAGAGAAACAGCUUGAUUGCAGCAAAUGUGAGACAGUCUUCACCCAGAACUCCCAACUUCCUGUACCUCAGAAGGUUUAUACAGGAGAGAAACCCUAUAUAUGCGCUAAAUAUGAGAAGGACUUUUCCCUCAGGUCAAACCGUGAGAAAACUCAUACUGAGGAGAAUCACUAUAAAUGCAAUAAAUAUGGAAAAGUUUUUAUCCAGAAGUCAGAUCUGUUUAGCUACCAGGGAAUUCAUACUGGAGAAAAACCCUAUGAAUACAGUGAAUGUGGGGAAAACAUCUCACAGAAUUCAAACCUCAAUGUACAUAAAAAAAAAAUUCAUACUGGAGAGAAGCAUUUUGGAUGUACUGAAUGUGGAAAAGCCUUCACAAGGAAAUCAACACUAAUUAUGCAUCAGAAAAUUCAUACAGGAGAAAAACCCUAUGUAUGCACCGAAUGUGGGAAAGCCUUUAUCCGGAAGUCACAUUUUAUUACACAUGAGAGAAUUCAUACUGGAGAGAAACCUUAUGAAUGCAGUGACUGUGGGAAGUGCUUUAUAAAGAAGUCACAACUCCAUGUGCAUCAGCGAAUUCACACAGGAGAGAAUCCUUUCAUAUGUUCAGAAUGUGGCAAGGUCUUCACUCACAAGACGAAUCUCAUUAUACACCAGAAAAUUCAUACUGGAGAGAGACCCUAUAUAUGUACUGAAUGUGGGAAGGCCUUUACUGACAGGUCAAAUCUCAUUAAACACCAAAAAAUCCAUACUGGAGAGAAACCCUAUAAAUGCAGUGACUGUGGAAAAUCAUUCACCUGGAAGUCACGGCUGAGGAUACAUCAAAAAUGUCAUACUGGAGAGAGACAUUAUGAAUGCAGUGAAUGUGGGAAAGCAUUCAUUCAGAAGUCAACACUAAGUAUGCACCAGAGAAUUCAUAGAGGAGAAAAGCCCUAUGUUUGCACUGAAUGUGGGAAGGCCUUCUUCCACAAGUCACAUUUUAUUACACAUGAGAGAAUUCAUACUGGAGAGAAACCUUAUGAAUGCAGUGAUUGUGGGAAAUCCUUCACUAAGAAAUCCCAGCUCCAUGUACAUCAGCAAAUUCACACAGGAGAAAAACCCUACAGAUGUGCUGAAUGUGGAAAGGCUUUCACUGACAGAUCAAAUCUCUUUACACACCAGAAAAUUCAUACUGGAGAGAAACCCUAUAAAUGUAGUGACUGUGGAAAAGCCUUCACUCGGAAGUCAGGCCUCCAUAUACAUCAGCAGUCUCAUACUGGAGAAAGACAUUAUGAGUGCAGUGAAUGUGGGAAAGCCUUUGCAAGAAAAUCAACACUAAUUAUGCAUCAGAGAAUUCAUACAGGGGAGAAACCCUACAUUUGUACUGAAUGUGGAAAGUCCUUCAUCCAGAAAUCACACUUAAAUCGACAUCGGAGAAUUCAUACUGGGGAGAAACCAUAUGAAUGCAGUCACUGUGGGAAGGCCUUCAUUAAGAAGUCACAACUCCAUGAGCAUCAUCGAAUUCACACAGGAGAGAAACCAUAUAUAUGUGCAGAAUGUGGAAAGGCCUUCACCAUCAGAUCAAACCUUAUAAAACACCAGAAAAUUCAUACUAAACAGAAACACUAUAAAUCCACUGACUUUAGGAAAGCUUUAAACUGGAAGCCACAACUCAGUAUACAUCAGAAAUCUGAUACUGGGGAAGCUGAGUGCCCAGUGCCAUGAUCAUGGUAUGGAGAUACAAAGUUUUGAGAGGCUACAGCUUGACCAAGAAGCAGGAGGUAACCAAAGCCAACUUUCCUCUAUCUAGUCAGAAGUAUGAAUACCUGGAUCACACAGCCAAUGUCCAGUUACACAUAUGGAGAGAUACUUUGCAGAGAGUCUUUAAGCACCGUAUGAUGGCCGUGGUUGCUUACUUGACAGAUACUAGGGUCGUCAAGCCCCUGAAAAUAGUAGUAAAUAUGCAAGGAGAUGCCUUGACAAUCUUUCUGGCUUCAUGUUUUGGAUAAGCAGCUUUAUAAAUUUAGGCCUGUUGAGUUUUUCAUGCCCUGGGUAGCAAAAAUAUUCACUAUUGACCAAAGGAAUUUCUUAAUGAGUAGAGUGCUAAGAAAAUUUUUUGUUGUCUAGGCACCCUAUGGACACUGAAAUCAAGGAAAAAGUAUAGACAAUUCAGGUCUAUAAUGAAGAGAAGCCAGAAGUUUUUGUGAAAAUUGACAUUAAAGACACAAAGAAAGGACUCUUUUUUUUCUUUUCUUUGGGAAGUCACUAUUAUUUAUUGUUUAUAGUAUUUAUUAGCAUGUGGAAACUUGGAUUAAAAAAUUUUAAAUUUACAGUUUCACUCAGAUUGGCAAAUCGGGUCUGCAGGCUUACCUCAACAUUCACAGACAUCUUUAGGUAACCAGUAUGUUCUCUCUUUUAUUAAUUCUCUGCCAUGGCAGCAAGUAACUUCCACCCAAGAGGUAGAAAGUGCUCCCAGCCUGUUUCCCAAAAAUGAUCGAUGAUGUAGGCAGUAGCCCCAUGGACUAGUUGUCACCUUAGAACUGGCCCUGAGAUCCUGGAACUUAGCUACAGAUUACAAAUCUAGAUAUCAGCACUGGAGUCUCGGCCUGGUCCACAGAAACCUAGCUGUUUACUGAUUUCUCUUUGAAAAAGAGACAAGUUAUGAAAAUGGGUUUCAAAACCUAGAAUUCUUUCCUUCCAAUUUUGUUAAUACAUUCUCUUCAUAUUCAUUACGUGGUAGGUUAUUAUGGGACACAGUUGUCUUGCAUUUGAGCUUGUUUUCUUAGAAGACAGUUGCACAUUUGGAAGAGUACCCCUCCCAUGCACUCCCAGUCUGCAGAUUAAUCUUAUUUAAUUGUGUUCUCAAAUCCUCUAUAUUCUUAUGGACUAUUCUGCCUUUUAUUCUAUCAGAUCCUGAAAGAAGUGUGUUAUAAUCUUCCAGGAUAAUUGUGAAUUUGUCUCCUUUAGAUCUACCAAUUUUUGCUUUAUAUAUUUUGAGUCUUUGUUUUUACAUACAUUCAAAUUUAAAAUUUUUAUACUCUUCCUGGUUAAUUGAAACUUAAACAUUAUGAAAUGUCCCUUUUUAUAUCUAGUGAUGCUUUUUGUCUUAAAAUUUACUGUGUCAGCUGUUAAUACAAUAUGCAUACUUUACUUACUAAAGGCUAAUAUAAAUUAGUAUUCACCCCACUUCCUGGACAAGCUGAGGAGUUACAGCAUUGUCUGUUUGUUUACUUCUGGACGUGUAUGGUAUUGAUGCCGUGCAUUUGAAUUCUGUGUGUAGUCAAUGUGGCCAUUGUUUCAGUCAAUUUUUAUUUAGAUUAGUCCACACAUUUAUGCUUUUCAUUACUUUUUUAUUCCUUCUUGUCCUUUAGGUUUCCCUCUAGAAUCAUUUUCCUUCUGACUGAAGAACCUUUUAGUAUUUCUUUUAGUAUGUUUUUGCUAGUGACAAAUUCUGGGUUUUU